ACAUGGAAGACUGGUGUGAGUGCUGGGAGGAAGCUUGUGUUGCAACACUGGAACCAGCCGGACAGGAAACGUGCAGGUGAGGAGUGAUGGACUCACACACACACACACACACACACACGCAGCAGCAGCAGGUGAAGGUUUCCUCCAACAAGGUUAGGGCUCAUCUUGGAUGCAGAUGUCUCGCUGCCGCUCCGGCGUCUGAUCCUCCGGCCGUGAUUCGAUUACCUUCAUCACUUUAACACACACACAGAGCAGAGGAGGAGGAGGAGGAGCGGCGUCUUCUCAGCCUCCCUCCAGAGCAGCAGCCGCUCACAGCUGUGUUGAGACUCUUCUGCUGCACCACUGGAGCGUCGCAGGUGAGACGCCGCUCUGUUGUCUGUCUUCUGUGCACAGGCCGGGGGGUCGGGAGGCCGCGUGACCCCCCAGCUCCGUUGGCGCGCGUCGCGGCCGUUUGAGUUUGUUGUGGAGUCGCGGUGCAGGCCAUGGACCCGUGGGACCACCACUUCGAGGGCUCGCUCUUCCCCGCCUCCACGCUGAUCCCGGUGACGGCGCUCUGCCUCCUGGUGCUGGUGGUGGGCGUGGCGGGCAACACCAUGACCAUCCUCAUCAUCCGGCGCUUCAAGGACAUGAAGACCACCACCAACCUGUACCUGUGCAGCAUGGCGGCGUCCGACCUGCUCAUCUUCCUGUGCCUGCCCUUCGACCUGUACCGGCUGUGGCAGUACGUGCCGUGGCUCUUCGGCGAGGCCGUCUGCCGCCUCUACCACUACGUCUUCGAGGGCUGCACCUGCGCCACCAUCCUGCACAUCACCGCCCUCAGCGUGGAGCGCUACCUGGCCAUCAGCGCCCCCCUCAGGAGCAAGGCGCUGCGCAGCCGCCGCCGGGUGCGCCACGUGCUGCUGGCGCUGUGGGCCUUCGCCCUGGCCUCGGCGGCGCCCAUGCUCUUCCUGGUGGGCGUGGAGUACGAGAACGGGACGCGGCCGGACCCCGGCACGGGCCAGUGCCAGCCCACCAGCCGGGCCCUCAGCUCGGGCCACCUGCACAUCAUGCUGUGGGUCUCCACCUCCUACUUCUGCUGCCCCAUGCUCUGCCUGGUCUUCCUCUACGGCGCCGUGGGCCUGCGGCUGCGGCGGAGCCGGCGGGAGCUGCGGGGGGCGCGCGCUCUGGCGCGGGAGCGCUCGCACCGCCAGACCCUCAAGAUCCUGGUGGUGCUGGUGCUGGCCUUCGUCAUCUGCUGGCUGCCGUACCACGUGGGCCGCAACCUCUUCGCCCAGGUGGAGGACUACGACACGGCCGUGCUCAGCCAGAACUUCAACGUGGCCUCCAUGGUGCUCUGCUACCUCAGCGCCUCCAUCAACCCCGUGGUCUACAACCUCAUGUCCAGGAAGUACCGGGCGGCCGCUCGCCGCCUCUUCCGUCGGCGGCGGCCCACCGGCCGGGGUCAGAGGUCGCUGUCCACCCUGGACCAGAGCCUGACCAGAGUGUAG